AUGAGCAGAAAGCGAGAAAGGGAAGAGGGUGAUGAAAGAGAUGAAACCUGUCGCGUGUACCUUUCUUGCGGUGGCUGGAACACCUGUGUGCGAUUAUACAGGCCGAUAGCCUUUGAUAUGCUGGAUGAGGACAUGUUUCCUGGGCUUGUAUUCUUCUUUGCACCACGUGUAGUUGGUGUGAUAAAUGAAUGCCAUAUUCUCUCCCUUAGCGAAGUGAACCGACCGUGUGAUCACCUUAUUGGACAGCGACUAUGGCUUCCCUGCAAGUACCAUGGCCCUUUUCGAUGCUCUUGCCAUACAUUGGAGAAAAUUGCACGUGGGGUGCUUCAGUUGGAGCGAGAACUGUUGUUUUUCCCCAGGAAACUCACUGUUUUAAUGAAUAAUGCAGAAAAACAUGAAAAUGCGCCGUUUAUCCACAUCGACACAUUAAAUCGUACCGCCACUGUUUACCUAAGUGGCCUUCCUUUGCCAAAAAGUGUGUAUGGUUCGAUUUCAUUGCAUGUGAUGGACGACGAGCGUUCAAUAACUCGAGCGAUAGCGGCUGCAUUUAGCGACCGGGAUCAGUUAACAAAUGGGGGUACAAAAUGUGUACUUUGUGGGUUGACAACAAAUGGGAACUGUAGCGUUUGCAGGUGUUGGGUGUGCAAGGAAUGUGACGUUCUAUGCUGCCUCUGUGGGAAAAAUGCUUGUAAGGCGUGUGUUGUCGAUAAUGAAGAGAAUGCGAGAAACGGAGGAGUCUGUUGUUUCAAUUGCUAUUCUCUUUAG